CUUGAAUAGCGUACGGUUUGUUAGGUAAUUAUAUAAAAUAAUUAGUAUUGUAUUUGUAACAUUACGCUCUAUUCAUCGAAUAUUUGUGUCAGUGAAAUUUGGUUGCACAGUGGGUUGAUGAUCCACUCUACUGUCACUGUGCUGCAAUGCAAUCGUUUAUUUACAUUCCUGCUGGACGGAAAGUACAUUCUUCGUGGUCAGUACGUUUGGUGCCCAUUUCAAAAUGUUUGUGAAGAUUAGGUGCUGAAAGUAUUGAGUCUAAAAAGCGGCCGACAAUAUAUCUCUCUAGCAAAGCUUUCAAAGAACAUUUUGCGAUACAACAUGAACUGCAAACCCAUUUUGACGUAUUCCGGGGAUGUUCGGGUUUUUAAAACACUCGAACCGCAUAUUGUGGCCGCUUUGCCAUCGGAUACAGCGGAAUGGAAACGUUCGUAUGGGCGUCCGGUGAAGAAUGUUCGGGUCGAAGCCACCUUUAAGCCGUUCGAUCAGAACGUACUCGAAAAGUACAAGGAUGGCAAAUGGAACAUUGUAGACCAUCCUGUGCUGCACAUAUACGUGACGGAGUGUAGCGACAUUGAAGCAUACCGGGCAUCGGUAAAGGAGGAGAUCGACCAAUGGCUCAAGGUGCUGAAUAACUAUAACGUAACCGAUUGGAUGAUUCUGCUGGUCGAAACGUUGGAUAUGAAAAAAUCCAAAAACAUCCUACCACGAACGACGGUGCUGGACAAGAUACGGCUCGACUUUGCCUCCAAGAAUGGUGACCGCUGUUUGUCCAUCCUGAAUCCUGCCAAGUUUGAGAUGAAAGCCACAGAAUCAUUUCGUUGCCUGCUGCAGCGCAUUCGGCAUCUCAUGCUGACGGGUUACAACAGAACCAUCGUCAAGUACGAAGAACUUAUUCGUACGAACAGGGAAAAUCGCAUACAGGAAAACUGGAGCUUCAUCGACUAUUUUGUACUGCAGGAACAGCUGGCCUUUGUGCUGGAAAUGCUCGGCCAGUACCCGGAAGCAUUGGUGCAGUACGACGAGCUGGAUGCAAUGUUUUCGCAGUUUAUUCUGAAUUCAGUUUUUGGAGAGAAACAAAAAUGGCUUCAUAUAUUCGAUCAGCCGCUGUACGCGUUUCACGGUAUAUCGCUCAGUCCAUCGAAAAUGAUGGAAACGCGUGAAAAGAUCAUCUCUUGCAAUGUAACGCUGUUGGAAUUUCGUAGCUACCUAUUCGAGCGACAGUGCAUGCUGCUAGAUGCCGCCGGUAAACCGUGGGAAAUUGCGGAACGAUUGCUUCCUUUUCUAUUUUCCACGCUGCGUGAAAUUGAAGCCUUAAAGCUCGAUACCCCACAGGGUGCACUGGCGUGCUGGGAAUUCAUUUGCGCACUGGAGGUGUUAAAUCUAUGCGAUAAAGUACAGGAAUCGAAAGACAUUUACAAAUGUUCACAGUUUUCCGCCCCGAUCUGGAACCUGGCUAAGGAGAAACUGUACAUGCUGGGCAAACAGUGUGGAUUGCUGCCUGGAUUUAUUCCCACCUCAGAACAGCUGCACACCGUAGUGCAUCUGUCAGCGGGAAUGGGAGAUAGUGUGCCGGAGCAGGGAAGCAGCGGUGGGUUACGAAAUCUCGAACCGGAAAUAAGUGAACGAACCAGCACAAAAUCCUCCCAUUCACCUGCCAGAAAACCGAAAAAAUCUGCCACCGAUACGCUGAAAGAAGCGCUCGGUUCCAAUCAGGCAUUUACAAAGCUUUAUCUCGAGCUGAGUGAAUUGGCGAUCAGCACGUACAAGCACGUGUCACGUUUGCGAUCAGCUAGGUUGGUCGGGUUGGAUCUCGGAAAUUUCUACAUCACGCUCAACGAACCUCAAAAGGCAGUAAACUUCUUUACGGAUGUGUUGCGCGAACUGAAGUCAGAAAAUUGGCACUAUCUUGCAAGCCAAACGCUUCUGGACCUGGCCUCAUGCUACCGAAAGAUGGAAGAUAAUGUGAACUACACGAAAACAUGUAGCACAAUUGCAUGCUGUCAGGAUUUGGAGCUACUAGUAAGAACGUUCUACUUUGACGAAUUUAUGACAUCCCUUAAAACGUUACAAUCCGUGCGCAAUAUGGAUAUAAAUGCGCUCAGCGUUAUUAGCACACUGGAGGAUCACUUUCAUGUGCUGAACGUGCAGCUCGAUAGUACAUCGAUCGUUCAGGAUGAUUUCAUACUAGUUACUCUCGAUUUGGAAUGUAACUUUCCACGUGAACUAAUAGCCGAGCAGGUGUUGCUAUCGUUCGAGAUGAACGCCAAGCAAUCGCUUGAACCGUCAGCAAUACCGGCCACAAGCGCUAUAAGAGAAGUUGGACCAAAAUUGCCCAUAAAACUCCAUCUCGAUCACAAGCAAGAUAAUACGCUAGCGGGCUCGUCGGUGGCUUGUGAUAAUCGUGCAAAGCAACCGGUACGCCGAAGCAGUAGCACUAGGCGCAAAAUAUCGCCAACACAGCGGUCCGACUUUACCAACUGUGUUUGCAGCGAAUCGCGAAUUGUUCUCCAACCGGGACGUAAUACGCUGACGCUUAAAACGAAAGCUACACGUGUUGGAACGUGGAGCUUCCGGCAACUAUCGAUACAGGUAGACACGGUGGAGUUUCUGUCCGAGGCACUCCCGGGGACGAUAAACAAUUUCGAAACUAUCACGAAGGCGUCCGUGGCUACAAUGAACUUUGUAAACCUUGUUGCGGGUGUGGAUCAACCGGUAGAAUUAGUAAUUUCCGCUGGAAGUUUCCGUUUUCCGAAGGAUGCAACGGCUACCAUACGCUGUUCGAAGAAUCUGAAAAUGAGACUUACGGAAACGGUCGGGGGUGAACCACGACAACCGUUCGAAAAGGAAUUGAUUGUACAGUUGGCAGAGUUUGCUCCGUUCGAAAAGCGUACCAUCCCGCUAGAAGCGAUCUGUGAUCUUCCCGGCAAGCGGGAAGAACGAGCGAUCGAGCAAAAGGUUUCUCUGCAGGUUCCCUGGAGUCGAAACGAAAUUACAAUUCCGCUUCACUUUAUGCCGGCACUCAUAGCAUCCUGCCGGUUGCAUUCGUCCGGUGCUCGCAAAUUUCUGCAGGUCGUCCUGAAAGGCGUUAGCGACUAUCGGCUCGUACUGCGCGACGCAUGCAUGACUUGUUCGGCCGAAGGAGUAACCAUAAUUGAUAUUAAUCCACCCGAGCAGCAGGAAGCGGUAAUGAGCAAGGCUCUGUCGAUUUCGUAUCUGUACGAGUUUCAGGUAGAGGCGCUGAAGGCGGAAACCGAGCUACCGAUUGUAAACGUUGACUUUCGGAUGCGAUUUGCCGAUGCUACUCUGCCGGAGGAAAGCCGCAACUAUCUUCCGUACAGUGUUACGUUCGACGUGAUGGACUACACUACGCUGUUUACUAUCUGCGCGAAGGUAGAACCACAAGAGCUCUGCCGUGUGAACUCCGUGUGUCACCUUAAUCUGCGCAUCUCGAAAGUACAUGACAAUCCGUAUGCAGAUCUGAUGUAUGAAGUCCUAACCGAUCAGAACAUGUGGGCAGUCGUCGGCCGGACCGCAGGAGUCAUAUCCAUGGAAGAAGUUGAAAGUCACAGCAUUACGUUGGAUGUGCUCCCGCUAACGGCCGGUUUUCUACCACUGCCUAAUAUUCGCCUGUCGAAGUACAUUUCGGCGAACAAAUCCAAAAACGAUACCCACUCUCGUUUGCAACCAUUUCCACCUGGACAGAUCUAUAACUCGACCAAAAGCAUGCAAAUCCAUGUCCUCGCCAGCACCAAUAAUGACCAGCCCCAGUAGCGAAGCGCGAUAGGCCGAGUCCGAGCGGUAUAAAAGAUACCCCGUUGAGAGUGAUGCAAACGCUUCUACAUGACUCAUUCCAUAUAUCCUCAUUUAUUCAAUAUUUGGCUAUUUAUUAUGUUACACUGUGUAGCAACUUUCAUCGAUCCGAAGUGAGCUAUACAUGAUGAGAAGUUAUCACAUUAUUUGAAUAAAGGAUUCAAGCGUUAUUUAUCAAACCAGAA